AUGAAAGAAAUGUGGAAUAUACUUCUGACCAGUCUGUUACCUUUUCUAGUUUUGGUAACUCAUGUCGACUCUUUGCAAACAUCUUCCAGAACCAAACAGAGCUGCUCAUUAAGGAUUGACAGUGAAAGCCCCGAAAGCUAUUUUAAAGAUGGGGACUUCAUCAUUGGUGGGAUCUUUCAAAUAUUUAUAUUGUGUGGUGGAGAAAAACAUGAUUUUAGGAAUUUCCCUUCUCCUCCAGUUUGUAUAGGACCAUCAUUCGGACACCUGUUGCAUCUCCUUGCAUUUAUUCAUGCUGUUGAAGAAAUCAACUCAAGACCAGAUAUUUUGCCAAAUAUUACUCUUGGAUUCCAUAUUUAUGAUGCAGGUUCCAGUGAGGUUUUGGCACUGAAAAGUACUUUGAAUAUAAUUUCACAGUCCAGAGAACCAACACCAAACUUCAUCUGUGCUAAGAAGAGCAAGACUGUAGCUUUACUUGGCCACUUACUGUUAUCUAUAACCUAUGUAAUCGCACAGAUCUCUCAACUUUAUGGAUACCCUCAGAUUAGCUAUGGUGUAAUGGAUCACAUAUCUAAAUACCACACUAUGUAUCCAUCCAUUCCAAGCGAGUUCAAAACCAUCACACAACUACUGGAGCAUUUUGGAUGGACUUGGGUGGGGAUCCUUGGAUCAGCUGAUGACAAUGGCCAGCAGACCAGUGAACAUCUAAAAAAGGAAUUGAUGGGGAGUGGAAUUUGUGUGGAAUUUCUGACCAUACUACAAAGAUUAUCGACACAUAAUAUUAAUAUUGCCAUUGGCAAUAUAAAAAGAUCUACAGCUAAUAUCAUUAUUCUUUAUUUGGCAGAUCCUUAUUUAAGAGUCAUGGCACGACAACGGACAUUUAAGUCCAUAUUUGGAAAGGUGUGGAUAUUUUCAGUUACUUUGGACAUAGCGGCAGAUGAUAGUUUUAGACCAUAUAUUCAUGCAUUUAAUGGCUCACUUAUGGUAACAAUUGGUAGAGGUGACAUUUUUGGUUUUAAGACCUUUCUAUCAAAUGUAUCUUUUAAAAAUAUGGCAGAUAAUGCUUUUAUUGUACUUUUUUGGUCAGUCUCUUAUGGAUGCUCACAUAAAGCAUUUAAUGAAGCGGAUACAGGAUCUACCUGUGGGCAUGAUAUGUGGAAAACUGAUUUAUUAAAAGAAGAAGCCAACACUUAUCGUAUGACCUACACUGUCUAUAACUCAGUUUAUGUUCUGGCACAAGCUUUACAUAUGAUUUUACAUGAAAAAGGUACUCAAGCUUCAAAAUCAGCAUUUAAGUUAAGCAAUUAUCUCAACCGCGUUCAUUCAAAAUCUUCAUCUGGAAAAAGCAUUGUUUCCACUGAGAAAGGCAAUUGUGCCAGCUUUGAUAUCCUCAACUGGGUCAUGUAUCCAAAUGACACAUGUCCCAGGUCAGUCUGCAGUGAACCUUGUCCACCUGGUUUUCAUAAAUCUCUUCAGAAUGGAAAACUGCCAUGCUGCUAUGAUUGUGUUCCAUGUUCCUGUGGAGAAAUAGCCAAUGUUUCAGACUCGGAGCAUUGUAUGAAGUGCCCAGAAGAUCACUGGUCUAAUCCUAGCAAAGAUCUCUGUAUCAAAAGAACUAUAGACUUCCUGUCCUACACGAAUCCCAUAGGAUCAACAUUAACUGCAAUUACAGUCACAUUUAGCUUAAUCACUACAGCUGUUCUAUGGCUCUUUGUAAGGCAUCAGAACACUCCAAUUGUGAAGGCCAAUAAUUGCCAUCUCAGCUACAUCCUCCUUGUGUCAAUUAUACUUUCCUUGCUCUGCUCCUUUCUUUUCAUUGGGCAGCCUACAAAAGUGACCUGCCUUUUGAGACAAAUUACAUCAGUGUUUAUGUUUAGCAUUUCUCUUUCGUCUCUCCUGGAAAAGACGGUAACAGUUGUUAUAGCUUUUAAUUCCACAAAGCCAAGAAACAUGUUCAAGAAGUGGUUUGGUUCUAAGACAACAAUUGUUAUGACAUUUAUUUGUUCUUUUGGGGAAUUUGUGAUUUGUAUUUGCUGGGUGGUAUGGGCUCCACCAUCUGUUGACUAUGACACCAAAUCAACACAUAACAAAAUAACCCUUCAAUGUAGAGAACAGUCCAUCACUGCAUUCAGUCUAGCCAUAUUGUAUGUUGGUAGUUUGGCUUUUUCUUGCUUUAUUGUUGCCUUCUUGGCAAGAAAUUUACCAGACAGGUUUAAUGAGGCCAAGCACAUCUCCUUCAGCAUGCUUGUGUUUUGCUGUGUCUGGGUCUCCUUUAUCCCAACAUAUCUGAGUGCCAAGGGCAAAUAUAUGGUGGCUGUGGAGAUCUUCACCAUCCUGGCAUCUAAUGCUGGGCUUAUAUUCUGUAUAUUUCUGCCAAAAUGUUACAUUAUAAUUCUAAAGCCUGAACUCAAUACCAAAAAUCACCUGAAAUACAUGAAACCACAAUCCCAUGUUCUCAACUAUUACCAUCAUUAUCUGGCAGCCUUAUUUGCCAUUGAAGAAAUCAACAAGAACACUAACAUUUUACCAAACAUCACUUUAGGCUUCCAUAUUUAUGACACAUUUUCCAGCGAGAGAGCAGCACUUGCAAAUACUAUGUACUACCUUUAUCAAAAACGUUACAUCUUCCCUUCAAUUGAAUUAGCUUGGAUGCAAGAACAGAAAACAUUAGAAAAUAACAAUAGGACAAGCUGCGGUUUUGGCUUGGUUUAUGAGAUGGUCAAUUCGACAGCCCUGCGAAAUAUUGUGUUUACAGCAUGA